AAGCUUUCUUUGGUGGCAUUUUACGACAGUUCUUUGAGAUCUGAACUACUUAUCACAGAAACAGAAAAGGAUGGUGUCACCACAGCGACCACAGAAUCUCAAACGUACGGAAAGACGCAAGAAUCCCAGAUGCAGAGGAGAAGAUGAGAGCAAAGUGAAAUCACGAAAUUCCAGACGAUCACCUAGUCCGCUCGCAAUAAUCGGCCAAAUAGACACAAAAUUGUCCUGAUACCGAUUCGAAUUCGCGAUUAGCUGUGCGAAAACCGAAAUACUCUCAUAAACUGAGAAAUCGUUAUGAUUUAUCAUUUAUAGUUGGGAUUCCCCGCUCGCUUUUAUACGAAGCGGUCUCCAGCCGAAAUGAAAAUUUGCUGACGCCUACAAAAGAAACACGAACGGUCUUGCAUGAACAGGAAUCUGACAGAUGAUCGACGACACGAAGGCGAGCGAAUGGAGCAGCCGCCCUUGGGCUCGUCCUUUCGCAGGCGUAAAAAUCCCACUGUCCACAUGCUCCGCUCGAUACUCCAAAUUACCAAAACAAGAAAACCUAGAAGUAGCGCGGGCCGAACUUCCAGUCCGCUUUGAUUUUUGUCAUUAAAUUUUUGAUUUGUGCAAACUUUUAAAUUUGUUUGUAAGUUCUAAUAGAUAUAGUUUGAUAAUUAAAAUCUAAAUGUCUCCAGCAUACAUGAUUUGUACCCUAUUAUCGGAGGAAACUUGAACUUAUGUAGUUAUGUACUUUUAAAGUGUAAAUCGGUGCCACAAAUGGAUUCGUUGCGGAGAAGCGGCGUUUGCGCUUUGAAAUUGGAAUGUAUAUUUCUAACUGCGCAGCUUCGCGGCGGUUUUCCGAGAAAAGCUGAGGCGCAGUAUUUUUUCGUCAAACGGUAUGCAAACACUUCCGGAACCGAAACAUGGAAUAAAAAGCAGUCGACUUCGGAAUAUUGUAUCGCCUCGGUGAAGAAAUCCGAUUAUGAGAAUUACUUGUGCACGUUGCUGUUACCAGCCCCAGUUCGCUCUACCGCCUUCGCCAUUCGUGCCUUCAAUGUGGAGUUAGCUCAGAUCCGCGAUGUCAUCUCGGAUCACCGUAUCGGCAAGAUGCGAUUGCAGUUUUGGAAGGAUGCUCUGGAAAGAAUUUAUUCCGGGAAUCCACCUCAAACACCCGUUGCCCAGGAGCUUUACCGUGCAGUGCAGAAAACACCGAUGUCGAAAGCUAGUUUGCGAGAUUUAAUUGAUGCACGCGAAGAGAGCUUGCACAAUAAACCCUUUCGGAGUGUGGAUGCCGUGGAGGCGUACUCUCUAAAAGCAAUUUCUCCGGCAUUUAAUUUGCUGUUAGAGGCCAUGAAGGUGCAGAAUGAAGAUUUACAACUGGCAGCGCAAUAUCUAGCUAAAGCCAUAGGUAUCAAAACGGUACUGCGCUCUGUACCCUAUAACUUGCAACGCGGAGUUGUGCUGAUCCCUGUGGAUUUAUUAAUAAAGCAUCGUUUAUCCGCUGACGUUAUUUCCCGUAUUGGGCGCAAUGUCGAUGUAUCCCAGGGAAUGCCCGUAACAGAGGAAAAACGAAAAGGAUUUCGAGACUUAACGGCUGGCUUAGUUGAAAGAUGUGAUAACCAUAUGGAAAAGGCUGCAGCACUGAUAAAAACCGGUUCGGUUGGCUCUCCUAACGCUAAAACGAUAUUUUUGCCGACAGUAUCAUGUAGAAAAUUUAUUAAUAGAUUAAAACUGAAUAAUUUUGAUGUUUUCCAACCCAGUCUGCGGCAACGAGAUGGCCUUUUACCUCUUAAAUUAUGGUGGCAUGCCAAUAUAAAAUUUUGACCGUUUUCGUCCAAAACAUUGAAUGGACGAGUACUGUUCUGUGAUGUUUAUUUUGUUUAACGUGGACUGAUUGGACACGACUAUGAAUGCAGUAAAAAUGCCAUAAGCG